AUGGCUACAAAUGUUGCAUUCAUAAUAUUUUUUCUUGUUGUUGCAUUAAUUGUUAUUCUCAUAUUGGAUUAUUUGGAUAUUAUUGACCAAAGAAUCGCAUAUCUUUGGGUUAAAUUGACAGGAUCUUUGUUAGUCUUGAAAAUAUUAUGUUGGAAAAAAACAGAGAACAAUGUGCAAUCAAAAAAUUAUCACACAAUUUAGAAAUUCAAUUAUCAUAGCAAUUUUCAAACCGAGAAUUCUUAUUUUUUUCCACAAAAUUCAAACUUUUAGGACUCCACUUCUCACUGUUCCAAGUGUUCUGCAUAGUGUCGUUGAAUAUAAAAAAGCAUUUUUCAAUGUUAUUCCAUUUUCAAAAAAGAAAAUCGCAACAGUCAAAGUGCAAGAAAAAACGAAUGAAGAAAUGGGUGCAAUAUAUUUUGAUCAGUUCAAAAGUUCAUGGGCAUAA